AUGGCCUUUGACAUCUCAGAAUCGACUGGGACCUACGACUAUGGCGAAUGGCAAGACUUCUACUCCGCCGUCUCCCUCGACCCGAACAGCUACGGCUCCGUCAACACCACAAACGGCUACCUCCGCCUCUCACCCUCCGGCUGCGUAGUCCCUGGCUCCAAACCACAAACUUGGGACUGCAAUGCCGCCUGCCUGAACACCACCACUGGACCGGAAUUAGUCUGGGGCAACAAGGACUACAACAGCAUGUACACGCUCCAAAACUGCGUCGUCCUCCCCGCCAUCAUGGCCCUGCUCGCCGGCGGGAACCUGACAGCUAAUGGGGUGAAAGUGGCGACGAAGUACGGGAUCGUGGGAAAUGCGAGUUUGAUCCAGACCCCGGUGCUGGCGUGGCCGGUGAUCAGUGGAUGUAUUGAUGCUUACUGCAAGUCCGGUGGCGAAGGUGGACCGCCUACGCCUGGUUGUGCGCGCGGAAAUUCGGACGAUUAUGCAAAGUAUGUCAUUCUGCCGAGCGAAGGGUAUUAUGAUGGGAAGGGGGCAUGGGAUGCGGCGGGGGAGGACUAUUGGUGGCCGGAGAAUUAUACGUUCAGUGGUGUCGACGCCUUCAACAGCGGCCUCUGCCACAACCUCACCGCCUUCAUAAAUUCGGAUAUUGGUGGCAUAGGCAUGUUCGUCUCCUACCUCAUGCAAACCUUCAUCGUCCUCUCCGCCUGGCUCCUCUUCCACAUCUACAGCAAUUGGUCCACCUACCCCAUUUUCCUGGCCCUAGCCGCUCGCCACGGCCCCCGCCGCGCCUCCACCCUCGCCCAAGAGAAACAGGCUAAAAUCGCCAAGGGCUACUCAGACGCGCUAGUCAGCGCCCUGGUCGAGUUCCAAAAGGCCCAAGUUUUCUUCAUGCUGAGCGUGCAGAUUGCCAUCUUAGUGGCGCUGCAUAACCCCUCCUAUAUUGAGGCGAAGAACUGGCAGGCUUUGUGGAACAAUUUCGGGAUUCUGUAUAGUCUGGCGUUUGGAGGGUGUUUGCCUGUCCUGUUCGUCUUGCUCAUGCUGAGGAUAGCAGGGAAGAAGGAGUUCUAUACCCUGCUCGUUACACUGUGCAGCGUAGCCCUCUCAUCAGCAACCUGGUUCGUCGCCUGGUUCCGCGCCCCGGACCCCAACACAUCUAUCGCCGAACCCGAAUCCCCCAUGCCCGACCAAUGCGCCGGCGUGGCCCCGAUCAAAUACUGUUACUCCGGCAACAUCUACUACAACGCGACUGAAAAUGCGGUCAAAGCCGUCCCUAUGCUAGUUUUCUGCUUCGUGGUACUACUAUGUCUGAUGCUGGAUCAAGUCACCAUUUUCACCGUCCGCGCGUCGAGCGGGGAGUCGUAUAAGGGGACUUGCUUUCAGUGGUUACGCGAUGCUAUUCUACGCCUUCCGCUUUGCGAGAGCUAUGAUCGCGGAGCGGAGGGGAGGUCCAAGUGGAUGAGGGUGUUCAAGUUGGAUACUUCCGGGAGGAUUUUACGGGUUGUACAUGGGUUUCUGUUGUUUGCGACCGAGUGUGCGUUUGUGGCGCUGAAUAUGGUGCUGAUCAGUGAUUAUGCGCAUCUAUUGACCAAGGGAAAUGAUUUUCGAUCGCUGGAUACGAGUUCGUGGUCCCUAGGCCAGAUCAUCGCGGUUACAAUUUGGGUGCCCGUGUUGAUCGAGUAUGUGUGGCAGGCUUAUGUCGGUGUCGAGGCGGGACAGAAGUUCCGACUUCCGCCUGGUUGGCGACUGGUGAAGAUGGAUGAUGGGAGGGAUGUGGACGACUCGGAUAAGAUUGAUCCGGUGAACGAGAUGUCGUCGUCGAUCGACCUGGCCCGGCUACCGGCUAUCGGACGGCCGGGAUAUGAGAGGGUGGACUCGAAUAACUGGUAG